AUUAUACACCGCGGGGGAGUAAUUAUUAAUACGAAGCUAAGGAUUUGUUCUAUGGUCCGAAGAAGCUCGAGGGAUUGUCCCAUUUUUCUCCCACUGCCGCCGCUGCUUCGCUGCCAUCGGCAGAAAGAGACGCUGUAGAGGCAGAUCGGGGGAGGAGAUGGUGGGCGUGAAGUGAGCCAUUGGGGGCGGACGAGUGCGUCGCGAGUGAGGUCAUCGCAAGGGCUUCCUUGGUCUGCUCGCCGUCCGUGGAUUUUUCCCGCUGGCUUUUAGGGUUCCCCUGCGCUUUCCCCUCCCCAUGCGAUCGCUUCGUUCCCGAGGGAUCCAAGUACUGAAGCCCUAACUCUGCCUCCAUUCCUGGAUCGAGAUCGAGAGCGGGUGGGUCUUCCUUGUUCUUCGCUCUGGCGGGGAUCAGGGGCACGCUCGCCCUCGUCCUGGUGUCCGCGCUCGCCCGCCUUGCCGAUCUCUUCGAUUUCAAGACCCGAAGGCGCCGCCGGCGUAGGGGCUGUGGCCGGCGGGGUGGUGGAACCAUGCUCUGGGUUGCCCGCCUCUCCGGCCUGUGCUCCCUCGCCAUGGUCAUGGUAGUGCUGUCCCCUUCCCUCCAAUCCUUCCCCCCUGCCGAGGCUAUCCGGUCGUCUCAUUACCUCCGCAUCCCCGCCGGCGGCGGCGGUUACAACCACCACCUUGCCGCGGCAUCCGGCGACGCCGAAAGCCUCGUGUUCCGGAGGGCGCCGCGAUUCCACAAUGCCGCCGAGUGCGAGCCCCCGUCGGCGAACGGAACCUCGGUCUGCGACCCCUCGCUGGUGCACAUCGCCAUCACCCUCGACGAGGAGUACCUGCGCGGCUCGAUAGCGGCGGUCCACUCGGUUCUCACCCACGCUCGGUGCCCGGAGAACGUUUUCUUCCACUUGCUACUGUCGGAGCCGGGCCUGGAGUCGGUGGUGAGGUCCGCCUUCCCGGGCCUCCGCUUCAAGGCGUACUACUUUGACCCCGACCGGGUCCGGGCGCUCAUCUCUACGUCGGUGCGGCAGGCACUGGAGCAGCCGCUCAACUACGCCCGUAACUACCUGGGGGACAUCCUUGAGCGGUGCGUUAACCGGGUGAUCUACCUCGACUCCGACCUGGUGGUGGUUGACGACAUCGGCAAGCUAUGGCGGACACGGCUGGGGUCGCGGGCCGUAGGCGCACCAGAGUACUGCCACGCUAACUUCACCAAGUAUUUCACCGACCGGUUCUGGUCCGACCAUCGCCUCGCGGCCACGUUCGCCGGCCGCCGGCCGUGCUACUUCAACACGGGGGUGAUGGUGCUGGACCUGGUCCGGUGGCGGCGCGCCGGUUACACGCGCAGGAUCGAGCGAUGGAUGGAGGUGCAGAAAAGCGGUGCCGCCCCCAGCGGUGCCGGCCGUAUCUACGAGCUGGGGUCGCUACCGCCCUUCCUGCUGGUGUUCGCCGGCCACGUUGCACCGAUCGAGCACCGGUGGAACCAACAUGGCCUGGGCGGGGACAACGCCAGAGGCAGCUGCCGUGACCUCCACCCAGGGCACGUGAGCCUUCUCCACUGGAGCGGUAGCGGCAAGCCAUGGGUGCGGCUCGACUCCAAACGGCCGUGCCCGCUCGACCACCUCUGGGCUCCCUACGACCUAUACGGCCCCGCUGACGCUUGACGCCGCUGCCCCCAGCCGGUAAAACGACCGCCUGCUCCCACCUUUCCGCCGCCGCUAAUGUUCUUCAAUUACUAUCCUAAACCUUCAUCUACUUUCUCAUCUCUUGUUUCGAAUUUUUACGUUUGAUUCUUCUUACGGAUUUAAUCUGCAUUAGUUUAGCCCCUUUUUUUUACCCGCUUUGGGGCGAUUUGUAAUUUUAAUUCUAUUAUUGCUCCCUCCCUGAAUAAAGAAGUGAGACAGAUAGGUCGAAUUUGUUAUGUAUAUCUACCUAUAUUGAAUUAAAUUGCUUCAUCUCUUUACUGGCAACUGCUCUUCUUCUUUUGGUUCAGUGGACCGAUUCUAGUGCAAUGCAGCUCUGUUUCUAAAACAGGAAAUUUUGGGGGGCUUUGUUCUCGGUUUGGAUGCACACGAACUGGUUCUACUAAGCUUCUAACGGCCGGCAAUGACGUUGUGUCGCAGUAGGAAGUCUAUCUUGUUUGAUUCGCCUAAUGUAGGUAUAGAUUAAUGAGUUCUUGUUUCAGAAAUCCAGAAAAAAAGGGUAAAUCCUCGAGGCAAGAGAGGUGUGCAGAAGAAUAGGUGUCGAAGACCGGAGAGGUGGGGGCGCCGUGGCUCAACGUUCGCUGGCAGCAAAACGCCUGUGAAGCACCUCCCCAUAACGGUCUCAUCUUUGGCUCAUUCUUCUUCUCUCUCUCUUAUCUGAUCCUAAUCUUAUGUCAUUCUUCUGCUGCAUUCCUUUAAAUGAGUUAUCGAUCUAGUAGUGUGCACAGAGCCGAAGGGGCAGACGUCACCUCUCCGAUUUGGUCCUCGUCUUCUCCAGUGGGGUGUCGGUGGAUUUUGGACGAUAACGACGACUCCGUUUGCCUCUACUUUUGCGUUUUCUGUAACAGUUACUUUGAACUCGAGUAUGAUUUUUAACCUUGAAUCAUCUUUUAGCAACACUAUGGGUUUUGCUUUGGUGGGUGCGCGAAUCUGAUAUAUGUUCUGAUGAGAGGUGGAAUCUGUCAUCCUUUGGGGUCAUGGAGGUCGGAGAGAAGAAGUGAUAGAUAGACCAUUUGUCCCCGCUAGAUGUGGUCCUUGCACAGGAGAGAAGUCUAUGGGAUGUGGUGGAAAGAGUCUUCACUUCAUUCACUCACCUUGUUUGUUCAUUUAGCUGCAGAUGGGGAGUCAUACAUCACGAAGACGACGGCGGCGAAGAAGGAAAGAGAUCUCUGAGUUGAGGCUGAGAAGCGGUGUUCUUUGCGACACAACUCAAUCACUUCUCAAAUGAGGGGAAUGGUUGAUCGGAUUCAUAGUCCUUGAAUUGAUUCCAUCUCACUAACUUGGGGCCGGCAAAAGACAACCUUUCCAACAUAGUAACUAGUACCAGUCUUCAACGUCUUCCUCACACAGACCCCUUUACUCCACUGAACACAAACUAUUGCCUGCCUGCCUCGUCAUCAUCAAGUUUAUGGAUGUUGUUAGGGCACUAUAGCUUCAAUCCUCCCCACUGGUGUCUUCCAUUCGAAAUCUUGCCAUGGGAUUCUCUCUUUCCACUGAACACAAACUUCACCAGAUCGAUCUUAAUGGAGGGGAGGAGGCUUUGGCUUUAGUUACAUCACUCUCUGCUGUCAUUACUGAUGCAAAGUGAAGGCAGGCUAUUCAACCUGCAGUCACGGAGGCAAGGAUAAAAGCUUAGAGAAUUAUGAAGAGAGAGAGUGAGAGAGAGAGAGAGAGAGAGAGAGAGAGAGAGAGAGAGAGAGAAGCAUAAAUUGUGUUCUGGAUGUAACGUUAGUACUAUUAUCCCUAAAAAGACAUGUUCCUCACAGUGAAUGUUCAAACUAUCACGCAACACUUGUUCAUGUGAGGGUGAACUCAUCCUUUCGCACAGGAGAUGAGAUGUGAGAGCAUAUUAUUUAAUUGAGUCUUCAUAUUUUAUAUA